AUGUGGCAUCCGCCUGUCAAUUUCAUUACCCUCCAUUAUGCCUGGAUACUGUCUAUGGGACUUUUAUCGUUCCCCGUCCUAUACACAUAUGGCAACCUGGCAGCCAUCGAUGCUUACUUUUUCGGAGCGAGCGCAUCCACUGAGUCCGGACUAAACACCGUCGACAUUAAAAAUCUAGCGCUCUACCAACAAUUGUACCUGUAUUUCAUUCCCAUACUUACAAACAUGUGCUUUAUCAACAUUGUCGUCGUCGUAGUCCGCCUCCAUUGGUUCAAUCAGCACCUCGACAGGUUCGGCCCUGCCUUGAUCCGCGUCAAAAGGCGCAAAUCCGGCAAUGGGGGGAUGCAUUCGGAUCCUGAAGUUGCUGAACCCACUGAAGCCUCAUCAUACACGGCUUCAGCUGCGCUGUCUAAUAUUCCCAGUCAUGUAGGCGAUCAGCUCAACAACCAAAGAACUAACCCGCCUUCUGCAAAUGACGAUGGCGGCGGCAUCGGCGAGAUUCGACCGGAGCCGGAAACACACAACCAUGCCCUUGAGUCGUCGUUGGAACCGACUGAGGAACCAACCCAGCGCAUUGCCUUCCAUCCAUCGGUGUGGGACAAGCCUUUGAAUUCCAGGAGAGAUAGUACACUAUAUAUCCCUGGCCCGCGUGAACGAGACAGAGGCAUCGAUGCGACACCCACACGUCGCCCCAGCGUCGCAGAUGCAGAAGAUUCCCGACGCCGCUCGACAAGAGCCAGGUCAUUUGACAGGGCUGCCGGCGCAGCUGGAUCCGUUUUCAUUAUUGGAAGAACUGCAACCGUUCCGCAACUUUCCAGAGCCCCAACAUUACAUCGAGCAGCAGCCGACCAAAUGCCGUAUCUCUCAAGGAGAGCAACUAUCGGACGGAAUUCACGGUUUCAUAAUCUGACAAGCCGAGACCGCCAAGAAUUGGGAGGAAUCGAGUACAGAAGCUUGCAACUCUUGCUCAAAGUUGUCGUCAUCUACUUCUUUGGCCUGCAUAUAUUCGGAGCCAUCGGCCUCGUUGGCUGGAUUCUGCACGCCAAUCCCAAGUACGACGCCUAUCUGCAGCAAUGUGGCCAAAACAGCAUCUGGUGGGCAUUCUAUACCGCCCAGAGCAUGAUGGACAACCUUGGAUUCACCCUCACUCCCGACUCCAUGAUAUCCUUUCGCGAGGCAGAGUGGCCGCUGUUCCUCUCGUCCUUCCUAACCUUGGCAGGAAAUACCCUCUACCCCGUCUUUCUCCGACUCGUCCUCUGGACCAUGUCCAAGACGGUGCCCCGAAAAUCAGCCAUGCAAGAAUCUCUACAAUUCCUACUCAACCACCCGCGACGCUGCUACACGCUGCUCUUUCCACGGGGCACCACCUGGGCCCUUUUCGGCAUCAUCUUCAUCCUCAACGUUAUGGACGCAUUCUUUAUUCUGAUUCUGGACCUGAACAACGCCGAAGUCGCGUCUCUGCCGCCGGGCCCUCGCGUCAUGGCUGCCAUUUUCCAAGCCGGAUCGUCACGGCAUACGGGCGCUUCCGUGUUCAACCUUGCCAAUGUCAGCCCCGCCGUCCAAUUCAGUCUCCUCAUCAUGAUGUACAUCUCCGCCUUCCCCAUCGCGAUGAGCAUCCGCGCCUCCAAUACCUAUGAGGAGAAGUCAUUGGGAAUCUACCAAGUAGACACGGGGGAGGAUCUCGACGAAAACAGCGGGCGGUCCUACCUCGUUCGCCAUCUGCAGUCACAGCUGAGCUUUGACUUGUGGUACAUCUUCUUGGGGAUUUUUGUUCUGAGUAUUUCGGAGGCCGGCAAGAUUGAGCAUCUAGCACAGCCUUCGUUUGGGUUGUUCCCCAUUUUCUUUGAGGCAGUUUCCGCGUACGGCAAUGUUGGACUGAGCUUAGGAUACCCCGGCAUCAACGCGUCGCUGUCGACUGAAUUCUCGACGUUUGGCAAACUUGUCAUUUGUGCCAUGAUGAUACGGGGGAGGCAUCGGGGGUUGCCGUACACGUUGGAUAGAGCUAUUAUGCUUCCGGAUGAGCAUCUCAUCGGGGCUGCUACUCGUGAACGGAUUACGCGGGAGGAUGAAUAG